UGAACUCACUUUUUCCCUAUAAAUAGGAAAGCUUUCAUAACAAACCUAUGCAUUGAGUUAAAGUGUGUGUACAAACAAAGUCAAGUCUAGAGCUUCUUUCUUUCUACAUUAGCACCUAUAGUUCUUUUCUCUGUGAAACUUCAAAACAUGGAGAAGAAAAUGAGUUGGACAGUUGGAGAUGCUGUGGACUAUAAAGGCUUCCCUGCUGAUAGGUCCAAAACUGGUGGUUGGGUUCCAGCUGCUCUUAUUUUAGGGAUUGAAAUUGUUGAGAGGCUCUCUACAAUGGGGAUUGCAGUGAACUUGGUGACAUAUCUGAUGGGAGUCAUGCAUCUUCCAAGCUCAACAGCAGCCAAUACCGUGACCGAUUUCAUGGGCACGUCGUUUCUCCUUUGUUUGCUUGGAGGUUUUCUAGCAGAUUCCUUCCUUGGAAGAUUCAAGACUAUUGGAAUCUUUGCUGCAAUACAAACACUGGGUACUGCAGCAUUAGCAAUCUCAACAAAAUUGCCACGGCUAAGUCCACCACCUUGUCACGCGGGCGAAAUUUGCAAACCGGCUAAUGGAAUCCAAAUGGGAAUCUUAUACUUGGCUCUAUACCUUAUUGCACUAGGAACCGGUGGACUUAAGUCGAGCAUUUCAGGAUUUGGUUCUGAUCAAUUCGACGAGAAAGACGAGAAGGAGAAUUCGCAAAUGACUUAUUUCUUCAACAGGUUUUUCUUCUUCAUCAGUUUGGGAACUCUUGCAGCCGUGACAGUGCUUGUUUACAUACAAGACAAAGUUAGUCGAAGUUGGGCUUAUGGAAUAUGUUCGGUUUCUAUGAUCAUAGCCAUUUUGGUAUUCUUAUCAGGAACUAAACGAUACCGAUACAAGAAGAGUUUAGGAAGCCCUAUUGUCCAUAUUUUCCAAGUUAUUGUUGCAGCUGUGAAGAAAAGGAAGAUGGAACUUCCAUAUAAUGUUGGAUCUUUGUAUGAUGAUACUCCUGAGGAAUCUAGAAUCGAACACACGGAUCAGUUCCGUUUUUUGGAGAAAGCGGCGAUUGUGGCAGAAGGUGAUUUUGAUAAGGAUUUAUAUGGUUCUGGUCCAAAUCCAUGGAAGCUAUGCUCACUGACAAGGGUGGAAGAGGUGAAAAUGAUGGUGAGACUUCUACCAAUAUGGGCCACAACCAUUAUAUUUUGGACCACAUAUGCACAAAUGAUCACCUUUUCCGUUGAACAAGCCUCCACAAUGCAAAGGAAUGUUGGAGGUUUUGAAAUCCCUGCAGGAUGUCUCACUGUCUUCUUUGUGGCCGCAAUCCUAAUCACUCUCGCAGUCAAUGAUCGAAUCAUCAUGCCCCUUUGGAAGAAAAUGAAGGGAAAACCAGGUUUCACCAACCUACAAAGGAUUGCCAUUGGACUUUUGUUAUCAGCAUUUGGAAUGGCAGCUGCUUCGCUAGGCGAGGUGAAAAGAUUAUCCGUGGCAAAAGGUGUAAAAGGAAAUCAAACAACACUACCAAUAAGUGUUUUUCUUCUAAUCCCACAGUUUUUCUUGGUUGGUUCUGGUGAAGCAUUCAUAUACACAGGACAACUUGAUUUCUUCAUAACACAAUCACCAAAAGGAAUGAAAACAAUGAGCACAGGUCUCUUCCUCACAACACUAUCGCUUGGUUUCUUCAUCAGCAGUUUCCUUGUGGCAGUUGUGAAGAAAGUAACUGGAACUAGAGAUGGACAAGGAUGGCUAGCUGACCAUAUUAACAAGGGAAGGCUUGACUUGUUCUAUGCACUUCUUACCAUACUUAGUUUAAUCAAUUUUGUAGCAUUUUUGGUGUGUGCAUUUUGGUAUAAGCCUAAGAAGGCUAAGCCAUCAAUGCAAAUGGGAACAAUCAAUGGAUCUUCAGUUGAGGAGAAGUGCUAAAGUAUGUUAAGAUUGGGAAUUAGACCCAUCAUUAUAGUUGUGGGUACUUUCUUGAUUUCUAGGUAGGAAGUUAUGUGAUGCAUCCAAAGAAAGGGUUGAGUUUGAUUUCGUAUUCUUGGUGAUGAUACUAAAGAAAUAAUAUGUUUAGGUUGAUUUCCUUGUGUAAAGUUGUAACAUAUUAUCUUGUAUUUUCAAGCCCUUGUUAGUUUUAUUUUUUCUCAAUCAGGCUUGCUUUGUAAUCUUUCCCUUAUGUACAUUGUUAAGGGAUGGUUUGAAUUUAUAAAGAGAACACCAUUCUCACACAAAA